CGAACCUGCUCUUCCUCUAUCGGAAUCAAAACGUGCCUUCAUUAUCUACUCUCAUUUCUCAACCUUAAGAAAAUGAAGAAGUGAUGAAUACCAUCUCCAAAUAACAAACUAUGAACAACUUGGAGUCUUACCCACCAAUUCUUCGCAAUUACUGCCACCACCACCACGACCCGAAUAUUGAUGACGUGGCACAGGAUUAUUCGGAUCCUGUGCCAGUCAUAGAUCUUGAACUUUUAGAACAAGAAAAAGAGAGGUUUGAGGAUGCUUGCAAGGAUUGGGGGUUGUUCCGUUUGGUCAACCAUGGAAUUCCGUUGACUUUGCUGAAGCAACUGCAAGAGGAAGCCAAAGAGGUAUUUUCGAUGUCCUAUGAAACAAAGCAUGCGACAUGCAGUGAAAGUCCUAUCACAUACUUUUGGGGUACCCCUGCCCUUACACCAACGGGUACUGCCCUAUGUAGAGGCCCCAAAAAUUUCAAUUGGGUUGAAGGUCUUGAUGUGCCUUUGGGUCAACUCUCUAAGUUCCAACCUCAACUUCCUAAACUUGAUUCCAUCAGAUUGCUUCUAAUGGAGUAUGAAACCCAUCUAUCAAGAAUUGCAACAACAAUAUUCAAAGUGAUGAUGAAGAACCUUGACCUAAACAAUAACAAUAUGAUGAUGAAGCAAACAGAGUGUUGUUCAUAUGUAUCUCGAGAGACAGGAAUGGUGCGAAUGUAUCGAUAUCCUGCUUGUUCGGACACAAGCAUUGGUUGGGGAAUGGAGGUUCACACAGAUAGCUCAGUGUUGUCCAUAUUGAACCAAGAUGACCAAGUCAGUGGCCUUCAGGUCCUCAAAGAUGAUCAAUGGCUUACUGUCAAACCAAUCUCCAAUACAUUGAUUGUCAACCUUGGAGACAUGAUGCAGGCAAUGAGCAAUGACAAAUACAAGAGUGUGCAACACAGAGUGAGGGUGAACAAGGAGAGAGAGAGGAUCUCAAUAUGCUAUUUUGUGUUCCCUAGUGAAGGUGCUGUGAUUGAGAGCCCAAAUUACAAGCCCUUUACUUACAAUGAGUUUAGAGAACAAGUACAACAAGAUGUCAAGGCCCUUGGCUACAAAGUUGGCCUUCCAAGGUUUAAGCACAGUUGUUAGCCUUUGGCCCCUCUCUCCAAUCUUGUUUAAUCUGUUACCUUAUUAAGCAUAGAAUAAUGGACGAGUUCUUCAACAAGGCACACUAUUUAAGGGAUUUUGAUUUACUA